UCGCGGCGGUGGCGUGUGGGGCGCUCUCGCGUCGAUGGCGUAUGGUGUCUCUCGCAGAUGGCGUCCAACCCCAUGCCGGGGCGUCCGAGCUUACGGCCGAGCCCACUGCGGAGCCUCGAGCCCACGGAUGAUUGGUCGUGGAGCCAACAGCCGAGCCUAUGGCCCAGACCAUGGCCAAGCCCACGUAUACGCCAUCGACGCGACGCCGCCGACACCGGCACGCCAUCGCAGCGACGCUCGCAAGGGGACUCGGACAGCGCAAGACGCCAUCGCCGCGACGCUCGAAGACCAAGGGACGCCGGCCGCGCACCGCCCAUGCCCAGGCAACAGAUCGCCCGGCCCAGGAGUAA